AUGGGGCAGACUGUCUCAACCCCUUUAAGUCCAACGGCUGUAUUUGCUCUCCGAGAAGUAAAAAAGAAACCGGAGGUCCUGCCGUCCACUGACCCAGACUGGCUUCUUUCUGAUCCCCCUCCACCUCCCUAUCCUCCUACUCUCAGAUCACAGGCGCCUGGCCACACUGGAGCCGAAAACUCAGUAUUACUGCGAGCAAAUGGACCUCUUCUCAAGGGGAAGUCUUGGAUACAAGGGACUACAGGGUACAAACAGUACCCAUGGACUACCUGGAGAACAGUGGACCUAGGCGUGGGCCCGCUAUCCCACUCGUUCAUGGUCAUUCCUGAGUGCCCCUACCCACUGCUGGGAAGAGAUCUCCUCACCAAAAUGGGUGCUCAAAUUCAUUUUGACCCUGAGGGACCUCGGGUGCUAAAUCGGCAAGGAAAGCCUCUCCAGAUACUAACUCUCAGGUUAGAAGAUGAAUACCAAUUGUUUGAAAAGCAAUGGUGGGAGACUGGACAGAUGGAUUGGUGGUUAGAAAACUACCCCCGGGCAUGGGCAAAAACUGCAGGCAUAGGGAAAGCUAAAAACCGGCCCCCCAUCCAUGUAGAACUAAAGGCUCAAGCCAGUCCUAUAGCUGUCCGACAAUACCCAAUGUCCCAAGAAGCACGCGAAGGCAUCAGACACCACAUUGGCCAUUUACUUCAACUGGGGAUCCUAAGGAAGUGCCAAUCAGCCUGGAACACGCCCUUGCUGCCGGUCCAAAAGCCUGGGACUAAUGACUACCGACCUGUCCAAGAUCUCCGAGAGGUAAACAAACGUGUGGCCAACCUCUAUGCCACCGUCCCUAAUCCCUACAAUCUUUUAAGUUCUUCACCUCCAGACAGGACCUGGUACUCGGUACUGGAUCUCAAAGAUGCAUUCUUCUGUUUGCCGCUAACUGCAAAAAGUCAAGAUUACUUUGCUUUCGAGUGGAAAGAUUCAGAGAUUGGCUUAACAGGGCAACUUACAUGGACUCGCCUGCCUCAAGGAUUCAAAAACUCGCCCACCAUCUUUGAUGAGGCCCUCCACCAGGACUUAGCCAUGUUCCGGGCCUCUAAUCCCCAGGUAACUUUGUAUGUAGAUGACCUCCUCCUGGCGGCGGCCGACAAGGAACUGUGUCUGGAAGGAACUAAGCCGGGACCUGGCAAGAGACUUAGGGGAGACAGACCAGGGGUGAAUUGGGAAGUAGAUUUUACAGAAGUCAAGCAAGGCAGAUACGGUUACAAGUAUCUCCUAGUCUUUAUAGACACCUUCUCCGGAUGGGUGGAAGCAUUCCCAACUAAACAAGAAACAGCCACCGUCGUGGUCAAGAAAAUCCUGGAAGAAAUCUUCCCACACUUCGGGGUGCCCAAGGUAAUCGGGUCCGACAAUGGACCCACUUUUGUUGCUAAGGGACUACAAGCGGUACAGAAAGAAAUUUGGAUGCAGCUGGCAGCCUCCUAUAAGCCUGGGACCCCCGAAGUUUCUCACCAGUUCCAGGUUGGGGACACAGUCUACGCAAGGCGACACCACUCCCAGACCCUAGAGCCCCACUGGAAAGGACGUUACCUAGUGCUUUUAACAACCCCAACGGCUGUGAAGGUGGACGGGAUCUCCUCUUGGAUCCACGCCUCGCACGUGAAACCAGCGCCGCCAGAUGACCAAGGAUCGGGGGAUGCCACCUGGAGAGUCCAGAGUUCCAGAGAGCACCCCUUAAGACUGAAAAUUGUUCGGACACCCUAA